AUGAGUACUCUAAGAAAAAGCGACUUUGAACAACAGUUUGCAGAGUUUCCAAAAGUUUCCAAAGCUAUUGAUGCCAAAGAUGAAAUUCAAUUUGAAAAACUAUCUUUUGCCUUAAGAAGAACUAAAUCAAAUAGUUUAUAUAAUAUCGGCUUUAAAAAGGAUCAAAGACCACAGGGCCAAAGAAGAUUCUCUUAUAAUGACAGGUUUUCUUAUCAAAACAAAAAUGAUAGUAUCUAUGUUGUAUCUAUACCUAUCAUUCCAAGAGACUUUCUGUCUGUUAAAGAUGAUAACAAUCUUUUUUUGCAAAAGCCUGAUAAAUAUAUUGAUUACUUGUCGUUUAAUUGGGAAAUAUGGGAUCUUCUAAUGACAUGGAAAUUUCUAUUGAAAUGGAAACAAUUUCUGAAUUCAGAAUUCGUUUGGUUUACUGAAAAUUUGAAAAAUUUACAAACUAUUGUAAGAUUAGAAAAUAUUAUAUGGAGACUAUAUUUCAAAUUUCAUUCAAGGAUAAAAAAUGAUAGUUUGGAGAAUGUACAAAAUUUAACAGAUUUGGAGUAUAAUUGGAUUAAGGAUAAUGAAUUAUGUUGGCUUUAUGGUCCAUUAAUUCUUUAUAAGAAUAGUUUCGAAUCAUCUACACAUAAUCCUAUAGAUAAAUCAAGAAUAGGUAUUCAUUUAUUAAGUCAGAACCUUAAACCAAUCUUGAAAAAGGAAAAAAUUGAUAGAAUUAUCUUAAAAAAUUCUUUAUGGAAAUUGAAACAAUUAAAGCUAGUGUUAUCAACAGGAACUGUAACCACUGCAUCUAUGUCUGAAUGCUGUUCUUCAGACUCCUCUGAAUCAAUAAGUUCCUCUCGAUCAAAAUCAAUGAUAAAUUCACUCUCCUUUUUACAACAAAUGCCAAAAACUACUUCAAUUUUAAAAAAUUCAUCCUGUAAUAUCAAUAAAUCUUCAGAUAACUGUAAAAAAAGACAUAUAAAGUUUAAUGACAUAGUACAACAGUGUAUACCAAUUUCUAAUUCGGUGUCCCCUGGUACUUCAUUUUUGACAAUCAGGUAUUUAUCCAAUACAUGUUUAAAUGUUUAUUCUGAAAAUGAUGAGGAAUCACCACAAAGAGAUAAACAAAACAAUGCAGUUUCGCAUAAUUUCAAGACUGUAAAUAAUUAUAGUUAUAAAUAUGGAUAUGAUUAUAACUCAGUUUAUACUAAAAAUAUUGAAGCCUAUUUACAAUAUACACCGUCAACGGAAAGAAGCAGAUUUAUCCUGGAAAAUGAUACAAAAAAUGAGAGGGAAGAUAGAAAAUAUGAAAGGGAAUCAGAAUCAGAAUUGUUCUUAAAUGUUCAACCACAUAGAUCUUUGUCACGGAAAAAAUCACCUUUGCAUAUGUCAAAGAGAAGAAAUUUUAUAACAGGAGAUAUAAUCAGGGGUUCAAAUGAUAAAGUCAUCCAUUUUGAUGAACAACAAGAAGAUAAUAGCAGUAAUGAAAGCGUCAAUUUGGUUUCAGAGAGACCAAAUUUUGAUUCUUUUAAUAGUAUGCAAGAGGAUAAUCAUUCAACGUCUCCCAGUGUUGUAAUAUCUCCUCAUUCUACAAUGUCUCAUUCAACUUCAUCAAUUUCGAUCGAUUCAGGGGAAUUUAACAACAUAAAGACAAUGUCAACUUUUCAAUUGUCGUCUUUGCAUAAAAAUGAGAAUGGUAUAAAUUCUGGAAGUAGAAGUAAUCAUGAGAGAAAUAGGAGUAAAAAGAAAGAUGUCUUUUUUACUAGUUCUCAAUUUAUAGAAUGA